ACGGCAAAGCAUUUCCAUUACUAAUACCAUCAUCACCACACUACUUUUCUUUCUCACCAAAACCAAAAUGGCUGCCGGGAAAGAAACCAUCGACGAGCUCCGGCAUGCCCUUCUCCACGCCAUCGACAAUGAGCACAAGCACGAGCAGCUCCUACGCUGCCAGAGGAGCCGCUUAGACAGAGUGGGGAUUGAAAUGCCGAAGAUAGAGAUAAGGUUCGAGCAUUUAGCAGUGGAGGGAGAUGUUCAUGUUGGAAGCAGAGCUCUUCCCACUUUGAUCAACUCUACAAUCAAUUUCAUUGAGAGUGUUCUUGGACUAAUGAAGUUUGCUUCUUCGAAGAUGAGAAAGAUGCCGAUACUCAAAGAUGCCAAUGGAAUCAUUAGACCAUCAAGGAUGACUCUGCUUUUGGGGCCUCCCGGUGCCGGAAAAACUACUUUCCUGCUUUCACUUGCUGGGAAGCUUGAUCACAAUUUGAGGAAAUCAGGGAAGAUCACGUAUUGUGGGCACGAGUUGAGUGAAUUCGUACCUCAGAAGACAUGUGCUUAUAUCAGCCAGCAUGAUCUUCAUCAUGGGGAGAUGACUGUGAGGGAGACUCUUGACUUCUCCGCUUGUUGCUUGGGCGCUGGCUCGCGGCAUGACAUGCUGGCAGAGCUCUCGAGGCGUGAGAAGGAGGCCGGAAUCGAACCUGAUCUUGAACUUGAUGCAAUCAUGAAGGCCACAUCCAUCCCUGGCAAGAAAGCCAGUUUGAUCACAGAUUAUGCACUCAAGAUACUUGGCUUGGAUAUAUGCUCGGAUACUCUGGUUGGCGAUGACAUGAGGAGAGGCAUCUCGGGAGGGCAAAAGAAACGCUUAACGACUGGGGAAAUGCUCGUUGGUCCGACAAAAGCCUUUCUCAUGGAUGAAAUAUCGACCGGUUUGGACAGCUCCACCACUUUUCAGAUCGUGAACUACAUGAGGCAGAUUGUGCAUAUAAUGGAUGUAACCAUGGUCAUCUCUCUGCUGCAGCCAGCCCCGGAGACCUACAAUCUGUUCGAUGACGUUAUCUUAUUAUCAGAAGGCCAUCUUGUCUACCAAGGUCCACGGGAGGCUGUCCUCGACUUCUUUCACCACAUGGGGUUUAAAUGCCCGGAACGAAAAGGAGAAGCUGAUUUUCUUCAAGAAGUGACAUCAAAGAAGGAUCAAGAGCAAUACUGGUACAUGACAAACCAACCCUAUAAAUACAUCUCACCUUCGGAUUUCGCAGAGGCUUUCAGCUCCUUCCACGUAGGCCAACGUCUCACUGAAGAGCUCAGCGUUCCGUACAAUAAAUCCAGAGCUCACCCUGCAGCUUUAGUUAAGGAGAAGUACGGUUUACCCCCUUGGGAGCUUUUCUGCGCUUGCUUUUCAAGGGAAUGGCUGCUGAUGAAACGUAACUCGUUCAUUUACAUAUUCAAGACCGCGCAGAUCACAGUCAUGUCGUUGAUAGCACUGUCGGUUUUCUUCAGAACAGAGAUGCCGUAUGGGAGGUUGACGGAUGGAGGGAAAUAUUUUGGUGCAUUGUUUUUCAGCCUUCUGAAUCUGAUGUUCAAUGGUGUGGCUGAGCUUGCACUGACGGUUAUUAGGCUGCCGGUGUUUUUUAAGCAGAGAGAUUUCUACUUAUAUCCGGCUUGGGCGUUUUGUCUCCCAAUUUGGAUACUGAGAAUCCCCCUUUCUGUCAUGGAAUCGACGAUAUGGAUCGUCCUUACAUACUACACCAUAGGAUUUGCUCCUCCUGCUGGAAGGUUUUUCGGGCAAUUUUUGACAUUCUUCAGCAUAAACCAGAUGGCUCUUGGUCUGUUCCGGUUCAUUGCUGCACUAGGAAGAACUCAGGUCGUUGCACACACGUUAGGAACGUUUAGUUUGUUUGUGAUCUUCAUCCUUGGGGGUUUUAUCGUGUCCAAAAAUGACCUCGAGCCUUGGCUGAAAUGGACGUAUUACAUUUCUCCGUUGAGCUAUGGACAGAAUGCCAUUGUCAUGAAUGAGUUUCUUGACAAGAGAUGGAGCAAUCCUAAUACAGACCCUCGGUUCAAUGAAUCUACGGUUGGAGAAGUCCUCCUUCACUCGAGGGGCUUCUUCACAGAGGAGCGUUGGUUUUGGAUUUGCUGUUUUGCACUUCUAGCAUUUUCGGUUCUGUUUAACAUCUUGUUUAUCGUGGCACUGACUUUCUUGAAACCUCUAGGAGAUUCCAGCGCUUUAACACAGAAUGAUGAUGAUGACGACGAAGAUGACAGAAAAACGAAGGAAAAUUCAUCCUCAUAUGGAAUUUCUAGUACACAUGAAAAGGGAUUGAUUCUGCCUUUCAAGCCGCUAUCACUCGUGUUUGAUCAUGUCUAUUACUAUGUAGACGUGCCGGCUGAAAUGAAAGCUCAAGGCGUUGGAGGUGAUCGUCUCCAACUGCUACGAGACGUGAGUGGAGCAUUCAGGCCGGGAGUGCUAACAGCAAUCGUUGGCUUCAGUGGCGCUGGAAAGACGACCUUAAUGGACGUCUUAGCAGGAAGAAAGACCAGUGGAUACAUUGAGGGAAGCAUCACCAUUUCCGGCUUCCAAAAAAACCAAGAAACAUUCGCGCGGAUCAGUGGCUACUGUGAGCAGAACGACAUCCAUUCGCCUCAUGUCACAGUCUACGAAUCUGUUCUAUACUCUGCCUGGCUGCGCCUCCCUGCACAAGUCAAGAAAGACACUCGAGAGAUGUUUGUUGAAGAAGUGAUGAAGUUGGUUGAGCUUAACCCCAUAAGAAACUCCAUAGUGGGGCUUCCCGCGGUUUAUGGCCUUUCGACUGAGCAAAGGAAGAGGCUGACAAUCGCUGUGGAGCUCGUUGCCAACCCUUCCAUCAUCUUCAUGGAUGAACCAACUUCUGGCCUUGACGCGAGGGCUGCUGCCAUUGUUAUGCGCACUGUCAGGAACACUGUCGACACAGGAAGAACCGUCGUCUGCACAAUCCACCAGCCAAGCAUAGAUAUAUUUGAAGCCUUUGAUGAAUUACUCUUGAUGGCUCAAGGAGGGAGAAUCGUUUACGGAGGCGAACUUGGUAGCCGAUCUAACAAGAUGAUACAAUACUUUGAAAAUAUUCGCGGGGUUCCUAAAAUCGAAGACGGAUGCAAUCCAGCAACAUGGAUGUUGGAUAUCAGCACUCCAGCAGCAGAGCAGCAAAUUGGAGUUGAUUUUGCAGAAAUUUACUCAAAAUCCUCCCUUUAUCAGAGUAAUCAAGAACUCAUACAAGAGCUCAGUAGCCCCCCACCAGGCUCCAAAGACCUCUACUUUCCUACAAAGUACUCUCUCUCAUUUCUUGAUCAAUGCAAAGCUUGUUUCUGGAAGCACUACUUGUCGUAUUGGAGGAAUCCCGAGUACAACGCCAUCCGGUUCCUCAUGACCCUCUUGAUUGGCCUCGUAUUCGGCCUAAUCUUCUGGAACAAGGGGCAAAAGAUAAAGAAACAGCAGGAUCUUCAGAAUCUCCUCGGAGCAAUCUACGCUGCUGUGCUAUUCCUAGGCAGCACCAAUGGGAUCAGUGUGCUUGAUGUUGUCUGCAUCGAGAGGACUGUUCUGUAUCGCGAAAUGGCAGCUGGGAUGCACUCGGCUUUCCCUUAUGCGUUCGCGCAGGUGGCAAUCGAGACAGUGUAUGUUGCAAUACAGACAAUAGCAUACACUCUUCUCAUCUACUCAAUGAUUGGAUUCCAAUGGACUAUUGCCAAAUUCCUCCUCUUCUACUACUUCAUCUUCACAUCCUUCCUCUACUUCACUCUGUUCGGGAUGAUGUUCAUCGCCCUCACCCCAGGCCUUCAAGUGGGCGCCAUCGUUUCAUCGUUCUUCCACAGCCUGUGGAACUUGUUCUCCGGCUUCCUCCUCGCCCGGACGCAAAUUCCUAUGUGGUGGAGGUGGUAUUACUGGGGUUCACCAGUGGCUUGGACAAUUUAUGGGAUUGUGGCUUCACAAUUUGGUGAUUUGGAUUGUGAGAUUGAGGUGCCUGGAGUUAGUUAUGUGACAGUUAAGACAUUCAUCAAACAAAACUUAGGUUUUGAUCAUGAUUUUCUGCCUAUUGUUGUUUUUAUGCACUUGGUUUUUAUCUUGCUCUUUGUGCUUAUCUUUGGAUUUGGCAUCAAGUGUUUGAACUACCAAAAGAGAUGAAUAGAUAUUGUAAUAUUCUAAUUA